UAAAGCAAAUUAACACAAAAGAAGAAAAAAAUAAACCAAAAAUUGAACACCUUCAAGAGCCAAAAAUAUUAAAACCAAGCUAUUUAGUAAAGAAUCAAAAUUCCAAGAAAAUAAAAGAGAUAGUUGAAAGACUUUUAGCAAAAUUGAAGACAAUCGAUUCAUCAUUAGCCGAAAACUAG